CUCUAACGUUGCUAUCUGACAUUUUUAAAGAAUUAUUUUCUGUUAUCCACAGUCAAUUUCGUUUAUGUAAGAUUUCGGUUCACCAGUUCUAACAAAAGUAGACAGUUUCAACUAUUGUAACCAAGAUCAUUCAUGAAGGUCUACUCUCCUUUUCUGAUCUGCUUUACCAUUCUAACCUUGUUGAAAUCCUACUAUGCUGUCGAAACUUUAACAAGAAACCAGACUCUUACAGACACAGGCCAAACACUGGAUUCUUCAGGUGGAAGCUUUAAACUAGGCUUCUUUAGUCCCUGGAAUUCUAGCAACCGUUAUGUCGGAAUAUGGUUCAGGAAUGUUCCUGAACAAACUGUCGUCUGGGUUGCAAACAGAAACAGUCCACUUUCAGAUUCUUCAGGAGUUCUCAGGGUUAGUGUCGCCGGAACUUUACAGAUACUCAACAACCAAUCUGACGUCCCUAUAUGGUCAUCGGAUUUCGUCACAGCAUCAAAUAAUCCAAUAUUGCAGCUCCUUGAUACUGGAAAUCUUGUCGUAAGAAACGGUAGCGAUGGAAACUAUCUCUGGCAAAGCUUUGAUCAUCCUUGUGAUACACUGAUUCCAGGGAUGAAACUGGGAUAUAAUCUUGAGAACAAUCAGAGCUGGAAUUUGAAUUCCUGGAAGAAUUUUCAAGAUCCUUCUAAUGGUGAUUUCACUUACCAACUAGAACCACUCGGUCUUCCACAGUUGGUAUUGUAUCGUAAAAGUUUAGGGGUAGCAUACAGAAGUGGUCCAUGGGAUGGUGUCCGGUUUGGAGGAGGUCAUCCGCUCCAAGAAAAUGCAGUAUUUAACCCAAUAUUUGUGUUAGAACGUCCCCUAAUUUACUACUCGUUUACUAACAAUGAUAACACAACAAUUUCGAGAUUUGUCGUUAACAAAUCAGGGUUGAUGCAACACCUGACUUGGAAUCAAAGACGAAUGGAGUGGACGAAAAUAUUUAAUCUUCAGAUUGAUAAAUGUGAUGAAUAUGAUGUCUGCGGUCCAAACGGGGUCUGCAACGCAAACAAGCCAUGUCGCUGCCCAAAAGGAUUCGUACCUAAAGUUCCGCAAGACUGGAAUAAACUAGACACUUCUGGCGGGUGUGUUAGAAGAACACCUUUAAACUGUAGUAGCAGUGUUGGGUUUAAGAAGUUGUCAGGUAUUAAGUUUCCAGACAGUUCUCAGUUUUUCAUCGAAAAGAAUAUUUCGACUUCACUAGAAUGUGAGGUGGCUUGUAUGAAGAAUUGUUCUUGCACAGCUUAUGCUAGAACUGAAUUUAGCGGCUGCGUGGCUUGGUUCGGUGAUUUGCUUGAUAUGAGAGAGUAUAGUGUAGGUGGGCAAGUUUUGCAUAUAAAAGUGGAUGCUUCUGAUCUUGAGCCCUCCGACGGACGAACAGCAGUGAUUAUCUUGGUGUCAAUAAUUGCAGGUGUUCUCCUGUCAAUUGCAGUCAUUUGGGUUUCUGUUAAAAAGAGGAAUACCAAAAUAAAAGAAGGAAAUGUAAGCAAUAGACCAGCAAACAGUAAUCAAGAUGGCAAACCUGAUGAUGGAGAUGAAGAAAUGGAUCAACUUCCGAUGUAUGAAUUCGUCAUAAUUUUAUCUGCCACGAACAACUUCUCUAUCGAAAACAAAAUUGGUGAAGGUGGAUUUGGUGCUGUUUACAUGGGUGAGCUGGCAACAGGACAACAAGUAGCAGUGAAGAGACUUUCUAAAGAUUCAGGACAAGGCAUUAAAGAGUUCAAAAAUGAGGUUAUCUUCAUCUCCAAGCUACAACACAGGAAUCUUGUGCGGCUUUUGGGAUGUUGUAUUCACGGUGACGAGAGGAUGUUGGUGUAUGAAUACUUACCGAAAAGAAGUUUGGACUUUUGUCUUUUUGAUCAAACAAGAGGUACCUCACUUACUUGGCAGACACGUUUCAACAUUAUAGUAGGAGUUGCGAGAGGACUUCUUUAUCUCCAUCGAGAUUCAAGGUUGAGAAUCAUUCACAGGGACCUUAAAGCCAGCAACAUUCUCCUGGAUGAUGAGAUGAACCCCAAAAUAUCAGACUUCGGUUUAGCAAGAACAUUUGGAGGCGAUCAAAAUGAAGUAAAUACAAGCAGGGUCUUCGGAACUUAUGGGUAUAUGUCUCCCGAGUAUGUGAUAGACGGACUCUUCUCCGUGAAAUCUGAUGUGUUUAGCUUUGGAGUACUGGUUUUGGAAAUUGUGAGCGGGAAGAAGAACAGAGGAUUUUAUCAUCCCGAGCAUGAUCUUAAUCUUUUAGGACACGCAUGGAGAUUGUGGAUCGAAGACAAGCCAACGAAACUGAUGGACAGUUUGAUGGAGCAACCUGUCGAUAUACCAGAAUUGGUGAAAUGUAUCCAUGUGGGUUUGUUGUGUGUGCAGCAACGGCCGGAAGAUAGACCAACAAUGGCUUCAGUUGUAAUGAUGUUGGACAACGAGAACCCAACGCUGCCAGAGCCAAAGCAACCUGGUUACUACACAGAAAGGUUUUUCACUGAUACAGACUCAUCAUCUACUAAUGUAAAGUCUCACACUAGAAAUCAAGUCACAGUUACUCUAUUACAAGGAAGACCAAGAUCAUCAAUGAAGGUUUACUCUUUUUUUCUGAUCUGCUUCCCCAUUCUAACCUUGUUGAAAUCCUACUAUGCUAUCGACAUUUUGACACCAAACCGGACUCUUACAGACACAGGCCAAACACUUGAUUCUUCGGGUGGAAGCUUCAGGCUAGGCUUCUUUAGUCCCUGGAAUUCUAACAACCGUUAUGUCGGAAUAUGGUUCAAGAAUGUUCCUAAGCAGACUGUUGUCUGGGUUGCAAACAGAAACAACCCACUUUCAGAUUCAUCAGGAAUCCUCAGGAUUACUGUCGCCGGAACAAUACAGAUGCUCAACAACCAAUCCGACAUCCCUAUAUGGUCAUCGGAUUUAGUCACAGCAUCAAAUAAUCCAAUCUUGCAGCUUCUUAAUACCGGAAACCUUGUCAUGAGAAACGGUAGCAACGGUGGAAACUACCUCUGGCAAAGCUUUGAUCAACCUUGCGAUACACUUAUUCCAGGCAUGAAACUGGGAUGGAAUCUUGAAAACAAUCAGAGCUGGAACUUGAAUUCCUGGAAAAGCCUUCAAGAUCCUUCUAAUGGAGAUUUCACUUAUCAACUAGACCCACUCGGUCUUCCACAGAUAGUACUGUAUCGUAAAGGUUUGGGGAUAACAUACAGAAGUGGUCCAUGGGAUGGUGUCAGGUUUGGUGGAGGUCAUCCCUUCCAAGAAAAUGCAGCCUUUAUCCCAAUGUUUGUGUUAAAACGUCCCAUCGUUUACUACUCAUAUACUAACAAUGAUAAUACAACAUUUUCGAGAUUUGUCGUGAACCAAUCAGGCUUGAUUCAACAUCUCAUUUGGAAUGAAAGGCGAAUGGAGUGGGCGAAAAUAGUAAAUCUUCAGAAUGAUAAAUGUGACGAAUAUAAUGUCUGCGGUCCAAAUGGGUUCUGCAACGCAAACAAGCCAUGUCGCUGCCCAAAAGGAUUCAUGCCGAAAGUUCCACAAGACUGGAAUGAACUAGACACCUCUGGAGGGUGCGUCAGAAGAACAUUUUUAAACUGUAGUGGCAGUGUUGGGUUUAAGAAGUUUUCAGGUAUUAAGUUGCCAGACAGUUCUCAGUUUUUCAUCGACAAGAACAUUUCGACUUCACUAGAAUGUGAGGCGGCUUGUAUGAAGAAUUGUUCUUGCACAGCUUAUGCUAGAACUGAAUUUAGCGGCUGCGUGGCUUGGUUCGGUGACUUGCUUGAUAUAAGAGAAUAUAGUGUAGGUGGGCAAGUUUUGUAUAUAAAAUUGGAUGCUUCUGAUCUUGAUCCCUCCAGCGGACGAACAGCGGUGACUAUCUUGGUGCCAAUAGUCGCAGGUGUUCUCCUGUUAAUUGCAGUCAUUUGUGUUGCUGUUAAAAAGAGGAAUACCAAAAUAAAAGAAGGUAAUAGCAUGUUAAAAAAUAGAGAAAAAAAAAUACUUUUACAAUGUAAAUGUUAUUGUAAUUUGUAUCUAUGUACCACAGGCAAACCUGAUGAAGGGGAUGAGGACAUGGAUCAACUUCCAAUGUAUGAGUUCGUGAUAAUUUUAUCUGCCACAAACAACUUCUCUGUCGAAAACAAAAUCGGUGUAGGUGGAUUUGGGGCUGUUUACAAGGGUGAGCUGGCCACAGGACAACAAGUAGCAGUGAAGAGACUUUCUAAAGAUUCAGGACAAGGGGUUAAAGAGUUCAAAAAUGAGGUUAUUUUCAUCUCCAAGCUACAGCACAGGAAUCUUGUGCGGCUUUUGGGAUGUUGUAUUCAUGGUGACGAGAGGAUGUUGGUGUAUGAAUACUUACCGAAAAGAAGUUUGGACGUUUGUCUUUUUGAUCAAACAAGAGGUACUUCACUUACUUGGCAGACACGAUUCAACAUUAUAGUAGGAGUUGCGAGAGGGCUUCUUUAUCUCCAUCGAGAUUCAAGAUUGAGAAUCAUUCACAGGGAUCUUAAAGCCAGCAACAUUCUCCUGGAUGAUGAGAUGAACCCCAAAAUAUCAGACUUUGGUUGGGCAAGAACAUUCCGAGCUGAUCAAAAUGAAGUACAUACUAGCAGAUAG